CACAUAGGAAUUGAGUGGUAUGCAUGUAAGUGUCCUUAUUUUUUUGCCCCGAAUAACUGCUUUUGCAGCUUGGGAUUGCUCUGCAUGGGUUCGAACUUAUGCAUUAUUUCUGGAGGAAAGAUUGGUAUGCUUCCGGUUAUUAAAGUAUGACAUUGAAACCGAAUGCCUUUCUAAACCGACUGACGUAUCAGAAAAGGGCCAAAGUAGAAUGAGAGAGUUGAAUUCUGAAGAGUUGUUAGAACAAUUGACCGCACUUCAGCAAUUAUUGCAUCGUCUUAUUGGAUGUCGUCCAGAUGGAGCUGCAGUUAGCAAUUAUGUAAUUCAAUAUGCCCUAGCUUUGGUUUUGAAAGAGAGUUUUAAAAUAUAUUGUGCUAUUAAUGAUGGUAUCAUCAACCUUGUUGAUAAGUUCUUUGAAAUGCCAAGACACGAGGCUGUUAAAGCCCUUGAGGUCUACCGAAGGGCUGGUCAACAGGCUGCAAGUCUCUCUGAAUUUUAUGAGGUGUGCAGAGGAUUACAACUUGCUAGAAAUUUCCAAUUUCCGAAUUUAAGAGAGCCUCCACGGUCAUUUCUUGCUACCAUGGAAGAGUACGUGAGAGAAGCUCCACGAUUUGUUUCUAUUCCCAGUGAGCCUCUG